UUGGCAUAUGACAAAUACUAUGUUGUAAAAUUGUGUAGAUUUGAUGGAGAAAAUUUGUUGAAGACAUACAAAGGGAAAAGCAUAAUGUUUGUGGGUGACUCCCUCAGCCGCAAUCAAUGGGAAUCUUUAAUAUGUAUGAUCAUCGCCACCGUGCCGGAAACUAACUACACUCACACCUCUUCCGGCGAGGUUACCACCUUCACAUUCACGGAUUAUGAAGUGAAGGUGAUGUUGGAUCGCAGUGUAUAUCUUGUAGACUUAGUUGGAGAAGCACAAGGUAGAAUCCUCAAGCUAGACUCCAUACAAGGUGGCAAGAGGUGGCUCGGCAUCGACACCCUCGUCUUCAACACGUGGCAUUGGUGGAAUCGCCGCGGCGCCUCUCAACCGUGGGAUUUCAUCGAAUUAGGGGGGCAGCUCUACAAAGACAUGGAUCGCGUCCUCGCCUUCGAGAAAGCGCUCCACACGUGGGCCGGUUGGGUCGACGACAACGUGGACCCCACCACGUCCAAGGUUUUCUUUCAAGGGAUUUCCCCAUCGCAUUACAAUGGGACCGAAUGGAACGAGCCAAGUGCGAAAUCGUGCAUAGGACAAAAAGAGCCAGUGGCGGGGCCCACGUACCCUGUGGGUUUGCCACCGGCUCUAGGGGUACUAAAGAAGGUGUUGGGGGCAAUGAGGAAGCCCGUCACGCUGUUGGACGUGACAGGCCUUUCGUUGAUGAGGAAAGACGGGCAUCCCUCGAUUUACGGGCUUCCAUCGAUGGACUGCAGCCAUUGGUGCCUGCCGGGAGUUCCGGAUACUUGGAAUCAGAUUCUUUACAACCUCAUUGUUUGAAAGGUUGUAUAUUCAUGUCACAUUUUUACUAGUAAUAAGAUAAUUUGAGAAGGAAUAAUUUAUCAAGAUGGGAUGGGAAAGAUGGAAUUAAUAAUCAAUUCUUGUUUUGAGAAUUAGUAUAUCUUAAAGCAUAUACUAUUUGUUAUCUGUAUUUGAACGAAAUUCUAAGAUCCUAAAUUAUAAUUUAAUUAAUUUCUA